AUGGGAUGGUCGAAAGCCUCGAGUCCCGAACUCGCGAAGCCGGUUGUCGAACCUCGAGCCAACCCCCAACGUGCGCCUUUGGUUGACGAGUUCUCCUUCCAGAAUUAUCUGGACACUGAGCAUGAGGUCCGACUGGUUGAGCCCUCUUCAGCUGCCAGAGUCGCUCCGAAGAAUCCUGCCGCUCACGCCGUCGAAGAACGUCCGGAAUCGUCCUCCGAUUCGGUCAGAAAGGCUUCGGAACAACUGUCCAGCCGUGUCGGAGAACUCGGUCUAAGUCAUUGGGAAGGACCAGGCGGAUCUCGGACCAGAAGAGGAGCUGCACCAGCUCAAUCUGCCGCAGUGACACUCCCUCAUCCUCUUCAGAACUCGCUUCAGGACGUCGCCGUGCGCCAACACGACCACAUGUCGAAACGCCAGAGAAACGAACUGGCUGGAGCUGAACCCGCUACGACUUGGGGUCAUGCUCACAGAGCUGCGCUCGCUCCACAAGCCGGGACGACUUCAAAUGAGAAUUUCAACUUCCAUCAACGAGGACAGAAUAUGGCCGGCGCUCCUGCUCCACAAGCCGAACUGGCCGGGACGUCUUCAAACGAGAAUUUCAACUUCUACCAACAAGGACAAAACGUUGCCGGAGCUCCUGCUCCACAAGCCGAACUGGCCGGGACGUCUUCAAACGAAAAUUUCAACUUCUACCAACAAGGACAAAACGUUGCCGGAGCUCCUGCUCCCCAAGCCCAGCUGACCGGGACGUCAUCUAACGAUCACUUCAACAUCCAUCAGCGAGGACAAAAUGUGGCUCAGAAAGUCAGAAACUCAGCCGAUGUUCUUCAUCAGAACCGAACUCCGACCUCAGCUCUUGCUCGGGCCCAACUUCACCAUCAAACUUCAAAUGCCCUGGCCGAAACGUCUGCGAAUCGCCAAAUGGCCGCUGAAGCCAUCCCUGCUCAUCAGCAUGGACAAAAUGUUGCCAACGAUCCCCGCCGUGCAUAUGAGGCUAUGCAAAGACUUCAGACGGCGGCUCGUGCUUCUGCCGACAACUCCGCCUUUUGGGAAGAGCCUCCUCAGAAGCGACAGCGAUUCUCCGAUCACGUUCCAGCCGUAGCUCAAGGUCCAGGAAGCUCAUCUCCUUGGAACAUGGCUCCGAACAAUGCGACCCAUGCUGCAGUUCAUCACAACGCCGCCUACGCCCAUCAUUACCGUCAGGACGUUCCGAAUCAUGCUCCAGCCCAGGGAGAUCUUCAAAAUCACUGGAAUGGGGCUCCAACUGGCCAGACGGACCCGAUGAUCUCCAACUCCCAGAAUGGACUACCGACUGGACAACAUCAAAGAACUGAUGUGUUCGAACGCUACAUGCACGAGAAUCAGCCGUUCGACUCCUCGGCCACGGCAGCUGCUCCAGCUCAACCAGUUGCCGAGCCUCAACAGCCGACCGUCGGGGAUUUCUUCGAACAAAAUCCUCCGAAUCCUGCUCAAAUUUGGAAUUAUCCUCAAUACUAUCAAAACUUUCCUUACAGGUGA